AAGCGAGUUGCUGUGAUGAUAGCCACAUAUGGCAUGUUGAUAGGCUCUAAACGAUUUGAUGUACAUUGCUUCCUUCCUUGAUAUCCUGGCAGCUGGUGAGCUGUCAACGCACAGAUUCCCUUUUUUUCUUGAUAACAAAAACCGGCUGAGCGGUGGCGGACUCCAUCGUUCUUCUGCCUAGUUGGUUGUCGGAUCGACCAUGAAAACCUUGCCUACAGUCCCGUCCGUAGGAGGAUCGGAUAGCACUACUGCCGCUGCUAGGUACUAUCGGCGGCAUUGCUUGACCCGCUCUUCUGCCAUCUUGAAGCGUCUCGACGUCUAUCGACAAAAGGUCGAAGACGGUACCCGUCUACCCCGAGGCACACGUGAAGAUAUCUGGUAAAAGGUCAACCGGUAUCAUUGUACGCAACUAUCCUCC